AAGCGAGAAUCAAGUGUCACUUUUUUCUCAGUCUGCCACUGACGUUGGACCAAAAUAUAGACGGUCUCCCAAUCCGAAGUGGAAUAUACUGAGAAUAGGAUUACUUACUAGUUAUGUGGAUUAAGCGCAGUUAUGUCUGGAACAUCGACUUCUGAACGCUCCAACUCCGAAGACAGCCCAUCUAAUCCCGGCCUGACGGAGGUGCUCAGGACCUGUGCAAACAUUCAGUCGGUGGAGAGCUUGAACUACGAAUACAACGACGUUUUUCUGACCGGUCCCAGCAACGGUAGCAAGAUGCUUUCGCCGAAUCCGUACUCCUUCAUCUCAACCAGCAGCUGUCCCAGCGAGGAUGUGUCAUUUACGGAGAGCAUUCUGGAGGACAACGGCCGUAUAUCGCUGGCGUAUGAGAACCUGAAGACGAUACCAAAACGUCUGGCAGACAAAUUUGCGGCACAGACACGGUUUCUCGAUCUCAGCCACAAUGAUUUCCGAAAUCUCAGGUUUCUCUCGUUUUUCGAGGAUCUGGACACUUUGAUACUGGACCGCAAUGUGAACCUGGACAUAAACACUUUUCCCUAUUUGCCGAGCCUGCGGAUUUUGUGGAUCAACAACUGCGACAUUGCUAAUAUUACCGACUGGAUUCACCGUAUCGAGCGGCAAUGUCCCGCGCUGGAUCAGCUAUCUUGCAUGGGCAAUCCUGGCAUUCGCACCGUUUUUGGGGGCCAAGGACCCCGCGAGUACAUCCUGCAGGUGCUGCCCCAGCUGAAAUACCUCGAUGGUCUGCCGGUCUGCCCGAGCAGCGGGAGUGGUGGCCACACGGCGCUCUCCUCCUCGCAAGGACAUGGCCAGGACUCCACCAGCAAUUCGGAGAGGCCACAUGCCGCACCUGCACUCACAUUCAAGGACUUUUUCCGGUCAAAGCAUUCGAGGAAAUCGCACAGUGGACGGACCUACGGCAACGGCUCCUCGACAAAUUGAUGUGCUCCGCCAAAGGGAGGGGGGUAUUCCACUGAUUGCAUUCUGUCCCAUUGUUGGACUAUUUUUAACCGUCCGCUGGAUUAUCAGCGCUGCCCUCGGAUGCCCUGCAGUCGUCGAUUGCACCUACAGUACGAUGCAAGUAAAUAUGCAUAUGAUAAUUGCCUUGCACAGACGUAUAUCAAUAAGCAAUUGUAUGGCGACGGACACGAACAAGCCAAGUGAGAAUUAAUCUAGUGCAUUAAAGCAAUUUUUACAAAAAUACGAGUCAAUGGACUCUAUGAAUAGUCAAGUAAACAGUCCGUAUAUGUAUAACGAAUAAAUGUUCUUUUUAACAGCA